ACUUUUUUCAUAAUUUAAGCCUGCCGUCCCGGUAAGUAACAGCCUUGAUGUGAAAACAGCAGUAGCUUCGUUAUCAUCACACGACUUCAACAUCAUCAGUAAAUGCAAUACUGCGCUUUGUACUAAACGACAAGAUACUCAUACCAGUUUCUUCUGUUCUCAUUGUUUUUGACACGAGAAACAUUUAUUUGUAUAACAAAACAAAUUCAACUGCCAACAGUUUCAACUUCACGCUUUGUAUGUCACGCUUACAUAUGUUGCUUGUUUCAUUUUCCAUUGUCGUUUAAUUCUUUAUUGGAAUUUAAUUUAAUUAGAUUAGAUUAGAUUGCCAAACUUAAACUAGAUUUUGUGACCCUUUUGUUUUCUUUAUUGCAUGUUGAAUAAUUCCAUUACAAACCCAAUUGGUAAUUGUAGAAAAAUAUUCUAGAAGCUUCUUCAUUUCCCUUUUUUGUUAGUUUUAAUUGGUGGGGUUGGUUGAUUCUAGUUAAAGAUUUGAUUUUUGAGGAUUGUUGUUUUUGGGUUUUGAAUUGUUCUUAUAAAGGUUGAAUCUUGGAUGAGAUUUUGAACUAUUUGUGUUGUGGGUAUUUAAAUUUAAGAUCUUUAGUUGGUGUCAUUGGGAUUUAAGAUGAAUGGUAUAAGUGAAUCUGUGAUCCAUCAUGGAUACUCAAAUGGUUCUGUUCAAAGUGUAAAUGGUAAUUUCGAAGAGAAACUCGAUGAGCUUCGAAGAUUAAUGGGGAAAGUGGAUGGUGAUCCAUUGAGAAUAGUUGGUGUGGGAGCUGGUGCUUGGGGUAGUGUGUUUACAGCUAUGUUACAAGAGGCUUAUGGUAGUUUUAGAGAUAAGGUUUUGAUUAGGAUAUGGAGAAGACCGGGCAGAACCGUUGAUAGGGCAACGGCUACGCAUUUGUUUGAGGUGAUUAAUUCGAGGGAGGAUGUGUUGAGGAGGUUGAUUAGGCGGUGUGCGUAUUUGAAAUAUGUUGAAGGAAGGUUAGGUGAUAGGGUACUUCAUGCAGAUGAGAUUUUGAAAGAUGGGUUUUGUUUGAAUAUGGUUGAUACACCUCUUUGUCCUUUGAAGGUUGUGACGAACUUGCAGGAGGCUGUUUGGGAUGCCGACAUUGUGAUUAAUGGCUUGCCAUCAACGGAAACUCGUGAGGUGUUUGAAGAAAUUAGUAAGUAUUGGAAAGAGAGAAUCACGGUUCCUGUCAUUAUUUCUUUGGCAAAGGGUGUGGAGGCUGAAUUGGUUCCUGAGCCGAGGAUCAUAACACCUACUUUAAUGAUCGGCCGAGCAACUGGUGUCCCCAUUGAAAAUAUUCUCUAUCUUGGAGGUCCUAACAUUGCUUCUGAGAUUUACAACAAAGAAUAUGCAAAUGCUCGAAUAUGUGGAGCAGAAAAAUGGAGGAAACCAUUGGCAAAGUUUUUGAGGCAGCCCCACUUUAUAGUGUGGGAUAAUGGUGACCUUGUUACUCAUGAAGUUAUGGGCGGAUUAAAGAAUGUAUAUGCUAUUGGAGCAGGGAUGGUAGCUGCAUUAACAAACGAAAGUGCCACCAGCAAAUCAGUCUACUUUGCUCACUGCACAUCGGAGAUGAUUUUUAUCACUCAUCUUAUAGCAGAAGAACCCGAGAAACUUGCAGGCCCUCUCUUGGCCGAUACUUAUGUGACCUUGUUGAAAGGUCGUAACGCAUGGUAUGGACAUAAGUUGGCCAAAGGAGAAUUGAGCCUUGAAAUGGGUGACAGCAUUAAGGGCAAGGGAAUGAUUCAGGGAGUCUCUGCUGUUAAAGCAUUCUAUGAACUACUGAGUCAGUCCAGCUUAAAUUUCUUAGAUCCUGACGAAAACAAACAUGUUGCCCCUGUGGAGCUUUGCCCCAUCUUGAAGAUGUUAUAUAAAAUACUUAUACUAAGGGAAUCUUCGGUACAGGCUAUUCUUCAAGCAUUGCGAGAUGAGACCAUGAACGAUCCUCGAGACCGUAUUAAGAUCGCACAAAGCCAUGUCUUUUACCGGCCAUCUCUUCUUGGUCAGCAGCUUUAGAAUCCUACUCUCUUAUGGGUUUGGCUAUGGUUUUGCGCAAGAAUUGCUCAAACAAAGUUAGACCAUGUUAUUCAGUUCAGGCAAGCUUCAGAGAAGGCGUUAUUGUAUCGUUUUAAGUCUAUACUUAUCUUGUGUAGAUCCGUAUAACUUUACUUUAGUUAUCCAGUUUGUGAGUUAGGAGUAGUUUUCUGUUAUUGAAUUUGGUCAGAGUUAGUUAUAGUUGUUGAGUGAGUAGUUUUCUUCUUCUCGUAGUAGCUCUAUAUAUAAAAGUACAAUCUUGCAAUUGCAAUUGUAAUUUUCAUUUUUCAAUUGAUCAAGAAAUGAGGAUCAAAGUCUCAUAUUUUCUGUGCUUUUCA